AUGGCUGCUUCUUCCAACAAGAGGGCCACUGUGCCUGAGAUUUCUCUGUCCUUCAUUUGGGGGAGCAUUGAUCAUUGCAGUUCUGUCCACAGCUUUACAGUCAGUUUGCUGUGCAGUCCCGAAGAUGCGGAGGAAGACGUGGCUCUUCUACUGACAGUCAACUUCCAAGACAGAUCUAUAAUCCGAAAUGCCAAGUUUGCAGGAAUUUGGGGUACAGAAGAGAAACAAAUUCCAUAUUUCCCCUUCACUCCUGGAAACAACUUUAAGAUGGAGAUCCUCUGUGAGCACCAACAGAUGCGGGUUCUCUUAGAUGGACAAGGACUCUGCGACUUCACACAUCGUGUCCCACAGCUCAAAGCAGUGACGGGUCUUAGGGUCACAGGAGACAUUAAACUUACAAAGGUGGCAUAACACUAAAGCCCGGGGCACUUGGGUUGCAGUCCCCUAUCUACUUGGUACCAUUCUACUACUUGCUUAGUACCAGUCUGCUACCUGCGUGGUACCAUUCUACUACUUGCUUAGUACCAGUCUGCUAUCUGCGUGGUACCAUUCUACUACUUGCUUAGUACCAGUCUGCUACCUGCGUGGUACCAUUCUACUACUUGCUUAGUACCAAUCUGCUA